CUUCAUGGACGACGACUCUUACAGCCGCCACAGUGGCAUCGAUUACGGAGACCCCGAGAAGUUCGCGGACCUGGGCACCGACCGAGAUCCCCAUCGGCUCAACUCGCAUCUCAAGGUGGGAUUCGAUGAUGUGAUUGCAGAGCCGGUGUCUACGCACUCCUUUGACAAAGUGUGGAUCUGCAGCCAUGCCCUCUUUGAAAUCAGCAAAUACGUGAUCUACAAGUUCCUGACGGUGUUCCUGGCUAUCCCCCUGGCCUUCGCUGCGGGAAUUCUCUUUGCCACCCUCAGCUGUUUGCACAUCUGGAUCAUAAUGCCUUUUGUAAAGACCUGCCUAAUGGUCCUGCCUUCAGUGCAGACAAUAUGGAAGAGUGUGACAGAUGUUGUCAUUGCCCCAUUGUGUACAAGCGUAGGACGCAGCUUCUCUUCUGUCAGCCUGCAACUGAGCCACGACUGAAUACUUAGACCCCAGGUCUGGAGAUUUGGAUACUGUAAUACUUCUUUGUUGUUCUAACAUAAAAGCACUACUGUUCUGUUCAUUCCCCAACUGUUCAAAUUAAGAAAGUUAAUAAGAUGGGCAACCCAUCUAGAAAUGCUUUUUGGCAGAUCUUUUCAUAUAAUGCUUUUCUAAUUAAAAGCCAAGGAUUUCAUAUCUAACUUUAUAACUAGGAUUAUACAAUAGGUUGGCAAUACUUAAUUUUAAAAGACAGUUUUUGCUUUAAUCAAAGUAUACAUUUUAUAACGACAAAUCUAUAAUGAUCAAGGGACAUUUCUCUCAAAUACUACAAUAGUUUUGUGCACAGCUGCUCAUAAAAAUAUGGGAUUUCUUAUUUUUUUUUUACCCUGAAAGUAGUACUUUUUAAAUUACCUUUGCAGAUAAAGUCAUAAGGAUACUUAGAGAUAAAAUAAUACAAAGAUCCCAGAAAUUUCAGUAACAAAAGCAUACAGUGAUGACAGGGGCUAUUAAAUAUAGUAAAACAAAUGUGCAAAUAGAUUCAUGAAAAUGUGUUCCUUUUUAAAUAGAGUAUUGUUAACCUACAGACAUAUUUAACAAGAUGUUUCAAUUUACUGUAUAUUUUGUACUUAUUGUAAAUGUUGCUCUAAUCAGAUUGCUUUAAAGCAAUGUUAUUAUAUUUGUUAUCUUGUUGAGCUAAUAUAUAGAAAGAGUAAAUGUAUCUUCCACAAGGAACUUUAUUGGUGAUAUUGCACUGUCUUGAUUAUAUAAGCAUAUGAAUCUUUUUGGUAAUAGAAUAUAAAAGAGAGACAUACAAGGCUUUUCUUUCUAACUUUUCCAGGCAAAAUCCUGAUAUGUUUUACGACUGAUGUUUAUCUGACUGUGAUCUUAAUCCAAAUCUAAUUGAUAUUUCACUUAGGAGAUGCUUUCUGUCUUGUACUUAGAAAUUAAACCUGUUUUCUGCAUUUCUAUUAAUGUUUCACUUUACCUUUAAGUAAUACUGGUGCUAUUUAAUAACAUAUUACAAUAAAGGCUAUGUGUGACACUUAAGGACAAUUUCAACUACAGUAAUUCACAUAGAGAGACUUUUAGAAGAGUUGUCAAUUUGUUGAGUCCAUGCUACUGAGCUAUAUAUAUAAAUUAAAAACUAACAGCUACAAACUUUCAAGAUGUUAUCUAGUAUGAGUUUUGUUACACAGUAUAAAAUUACUCUUAUCAUUUUUUAACUGUAGAGUCCUAUUUCAGUGUUAUGAGUCACUGCUGUUUUAAAAAGCUCUAUUCCAAAAUGAUAGGCAUGUACAAAAUAUCUCUAUGAUGUGAGUAGUUACUACAAUUUACACAUCUUAAGACAGUGUAAAUGGUCAAAUUUCAGAAUUACUACUAGAACCCAGAAAAUAUUCCUUUGAAUAUCUUCACAGGUGGACAGCUCCUCAUUCAAUGAAGGUUAAUUUUAUUUUCCUAAAGUUCUAAGACUGGUGAAUAUAAAACAUAAUUGAACUGGAAUAAUAUUCAGGACCAAAGCAAAUCAAUGAUUAAGUUAUGAAACUCAUAUCCUUUUAAAGGUAGCUACAAAAGAGACUUUUCAAAACUGCCUUAGGCCAUUAUAGCAUCCUUAGAAAACACUCAUGAUCAUUAACUUAAAGCGUUACUACUCAUUUGACUAAAUAGAUGUUAUGUUAGUUAAAAAGAUCAAUCAGUCUCAUGACUUUAUAGUUAAACUUGAUUUAAGGUGUUUUAAAAAAUAUUUGGAUAUUUUGGUUGGGCAAAAAGCAUUUGAUUAAUAAAAUACCUGUUUAAAUAAAUCAUGGGUUUCUACCUUUUCAAAAAGCUGUUGGCAAGUUUUAAAGUCAAAACCUAUUAACUUUUAACAAGUGGAAUAUGAUUUCCUUAUUUCUGAAUCACACUGAUCAUUUUCAAAAAAAGUUUUAUUGUUAUUUGACAUUAAUUACUUUAUUUAAGACUGAAAUUUUGUACCAAGUGGAUCCAGGUUUCAUAUGCAAAUAUGUUGGUUCUUUUAUUUUGGGGGAAGAGGUUGGUGAUGAUGGGACUUUCCCAGUAUCCAUAAUAAACUUUCCAAAAA